CCCCACGGCCCUUCUCCUCCACUCCGUUCCGCUUCUGUCCUCACAGGGGGAGCGCAGGGAGCCUCCGCCUCAGAGAUGCUGCUGCUGCUGCUGCCCCUGCUGUGGGCAGGGUCCCUGGCUCUGGAGGGCUUAUUCCAUCUGGAGGUGCCGGAGUCGGUGAUGGUGCAGGAGGGUCUGUGCGUCCUCGUGCCCUGCACUUUCUUCAAUCCGAGGUACCCCUUCAGCAGGCAUGACCGUGAUCAUGGCUACUGGUUCCGGGAAGGAGACAAUCCUUUAUGGGAUGCUCCAGUGGCCACAAACGACCCUGCUCGAGAAGUCCGGGAGGAGACGCGGGGUCGAUUCCGCCUCCUGGGUAAUCCCAGGGAGAAAAACUGCUCCCUGAGCAUCAGAGACGCCAGGAGGAGGGACAGUGGUUUGUACUUCUUUCGUAUGGAGGACAGAUGGAUGAAAUAUAAUUACAAAACUCCCCCGCUGAAUGUGCAUGUGACAGCCCUGACUCACAGGCCGGACAUCCUCAUCUCAGGGGCCCUGAAGUCCGGCCACCCCAGGAACCUGACCUGCUCUGUGCCCUGGGCCUGUGAGCAGGGGACACCCCCCAUCUUCUCCUGGAUUGGGACCUCUGUGUCCCCGCUGAGCCCCAUCACAGCCCUCUCCUCGGUGGCCACCCUCAUCCCACAGCCCCGGGACCACGGCAGCAGACUCACCUGUCAGGUGACCUUGCCCGGGGCCGGUGUAACCACGACCAGGACCAUCCAACUUAAUGUAUCCUACCCUCCUCAGAACUUGACCUUGACUGUCUUCCAAGGAGAUGGCACAGCAUCCACAACCCUGAGAAAUGGAUCAUCUCUUCAGGUCCUGGAAGGACAGUCCCUACACUUGCUCUGUGCUGUUGAUAGCAAUCCUCCUGCCGGGCUGAGCUGGGCCCAGGAGAACCUGAUCCUGAGCCCCUCACAGCCCAACUCCGGGAUGCUGGAGCUGCCUCAAAUGCACCUCAGGAAUGAAGGAGAAUUCACCUGCCGAGCUCGGAACCCUCUGGGUUCCCAGCAAGUCUCCCUGAGGCUCUUUGUGCAGAGGAAAUCAGGGCCCAUGGCAGAGGUGGUUCUGGUGGCCAUCGGGGAGGCCGCUGUAAAGAUCCUGCUUCUCUUCCUCUGUCUCAUCGUCCUCAAAGUGAAGUCCCACAGGAGGAAGGCAGCAAAGGCAGCUACAGGUGUGGAGGCGGCAUAGGUUGUCAAAGGUUAAUCUCUCAGCAGGGCUCAUCUUGGAGCCCUUUUCUCCAUCCUGACUCCAGUCAUGCCUUGGGCCUCACCUCUUCCCUGGUCACUGAACCCUCCUCACCUUUUGCCUCCAUCUCUCCUCAACACAGGCCUCCAGACUCUGCUUCCAGACGCCUCCUUGUUCAGUGCCUCUACCGCCUGAAGGGCGGUGCUUCCUCUCCACUGCUGGAGAAGGAGGCGGUAACACCACAGCCUGGACUGAAGGCCUUGCAGGGUCUGUCCCCUGCUGGACUUUGCUCCCAGUUGGUGUGCAAAUGGCCAGGCAGCCUAUGAGAAGAUGCUCAGUAUUGUUACUCA